GGACCUCAGCUACAUCACCAUGUCCCAGCAGAGACGACCAGUGGGUGGGAAGGCUGAGGUGAACCGGGCAGUGGUGGUGUCCGUGGCCGAGUUUUACCCCGGGGUGAAGAUGGGGAACAGGGCCGGAGCCAAGAGGGAUGCCAAGAGGCUCCACAGUACCCUCAGCAGGCGGGGCUUUAAGGUGGAGUUGCACAGCGACCUGAGCGGCGCCGAAAUCUACGAGCUGUUUGAGAAAGAGAGCAGGCGGCCCGUGAAGGACUGCUUCCUGGCUGUCUUGUCGUCUCACGGGGAGGAGGACUGCGUGUUCGGAGCCGACGGCAAACCCGUCCGGCUGUCUCGGAUCUUCGCAUAUUUUGACAACGAGUGCAUGGAGAAUAAGGCCAAAGUGUUCCUCAUACAGGCGUGUCGCGGAGACGCUCUGGAUGAUGGAGUGGAGGUGGACUCGGCCGGUGACGCCACCGACUGCAGCUUCUCCCUCCACCUCUCAGUUCCUGUAGAUACAGCUGUGAUGUAUGCCACGCCCCCAGGUUACGGAGCCUUCAUGAGCCCGCUUGGAUCCGUCUUCCUUCAGACGUUCUGCACUUUGUUGGAGGACGAGGCCCAUCAGAACCUGGAGCUGACUCGCCUGAUGCCCCGCCUCUCCCACAGGGUGGCCUACACCUUCCAGGCCAAAGGUCGUGAGCUGGGCGGGAAGAAAGAGAUGCCGUGCUUCCUGACACGACUGACCAGAGAGGUGUUCCUGUCCUCAGAGUCAGAGAGAGCCGGAAAAGCAGAGGGAAUCUCAGCCACAUUACUGGUUGGUACUGAGAGCACCAGAACACGGACACCUUCCAUCAGUUAGACCAAAUCACGGCAGAGCACAUGGAGGAAUGGAAAUGAUCUUGUUUUUGUGUGGUGUCGUUCUAAAACUGUGUGAAGAAAAUGUUUAGCAUGUCCUGUACAUAUGUAUGUAUGCACUUUAU